CUAAACGUUCGACGGUCGUUUUCUGGAGCUGUGAAUGGGUUUCUAUUAUGGCUGUGCCGCUUGUGUCCGUGUGUGUAGGUGAACAAGUAGCGUUUUCUAUCAGAAAGAGGAUUAAAUGUAGUCGAUAACAAUCCAUCUGGCCGGCACUGGGAUGGACUUCUGUCGGAAACAAGUGAAGGCCGACUGUGAGGAGCUGCUCGGCCGCUUCCAGACCACCGACUCCGUUCGCUUCGAGAUUUUCUCCAAAAUAUGGAGGGAAAUGAGUUUCUCACAGAUAUUCUACGGCACAGUGAAUCAUGAGAAGCGGGCGUUCAGCCGCCUGAUCCUGGACACGGCCUACAGCUUCUUCCUGCCUCCGUUCAGCUUCCAGAUCCGAGUGGGGGGACUCUACCUGCUGUACAGCCUGUAUCAGUGUCAGAGCGCCUCGCCCCCGGAGCAGAUCCGUGUGGCGCUGAAGAACUGGGAGGACGUGAAGAAGUUGGAGAAGGACGCUGUGGACGCUCAGCAUCUGGACGUCCUUUACAUCCUCCGACAGCUGAUGCGCUGCAAAGCUUUCAACUUCACCGCCAUGCCCACUGUGCUGGCCUUCAAGAAGAAGAGGAAGAUGGAGCGGGCGGCGCAGUGCGAGGCAUUCAUGGAGCGAGCGUCUCGUCCCCAGGAGCUGAUCAACCUCGAGCUGCUGGAGGAAUUGUCCAACGUUGAUGAUCUCUAUAGAAAGCUGAAGACAUCCGUGUGUCUGCCGUCGGAGCAGGCGGACCCGUCCAUCAACCUGAUCCAGAAAGAGCUGGUCCCUGAGCUCCGCAGCACUGUGGUGGACUUCUACAAGUGGCAGCAACGGAAGGGCGGGGCUGGUGGAGAUGAAGAUGAAGACAGCGGUGAGGGAACGUCUUCUCAGCAAGAGUGCUCUAAAAGAGCCCAGCUCAUCUCGUCCAUCAAGUCCAAGGCCUACGGAGAGGCAGCAGAGGCCUCCAAGUCCCGCCGUCAUCGUCAGGUGGAGGUGGAUUUCACCAGUAACCAGGCGGGACCCUCCCUCUCGUCCAGUUACAGCAAAACAAACAAGCCGUCACUCAAAGCCAGAACCAAUGAGAACAUACAUGUCUCAGGUGACUUGUGGAAAGAAGCCGUUCGGACAACUCAUAUCAACCGUCUCACCACACUGGACUUUGUUCCUGAAGAAAAACCCAAAACGUACAAAAGAUUCAAGUGGUGACGAAGACAAGUCAGGGGUCUGCAGCUUCCUGUUCAGUGGAUUUCAAGUUUGUUUUUAAAUGUUGAUAUGGUUUUGUCCUUGUCACAAGUUUCCUAUCAUCUUGAAUGUUCUGUUUUAUGGAAAAUGGGAAUGUUUUUACAUUUUAAAGUGUUUUAACUUUAACUUAUUUUUUGAUGAACUUUUCACCCCGCAAUUUCUAAAAUGUGAACAUACAAAUGUGUUGGUUAAAAAAAAGAAUAUUGUUGUUUUUGUUAUUUUUGUUAAGAUUAUUUUUGGGGCAUUUUCGGCCUUUAUUUAAAGCAACCCUAUGUAACUUGUCCCUGUUCGGCCCCUCUACAGGUUGUCUCAUUGGAACUACAGCCACGUGAACUGUAGUUCCAAUAAGACAACCUGUAGGGGGGCCGAAGAGUGAAAAGUUACAUAAGCUGCUUGCAACCGGAGGGAUUUUUGCAGUUCCUUGAACGUUAUGUUCCUAGAACCCUUUUUUUUCUCGUGCUCCGACUUGACCAGUUUGGGAAUUAUUAAGUUCCUCUGACUGCAGUUCUUACUACAGGCCAGGGUCUUCUCCCUUUUCCGCAUAGUGGUGGUUAGAUGCCUGUUUUAUAAUAACAUAAGGUCAGUUCCUAUGGCCAAAUGGAAAAGCGGUUUUGGAGAAAACUUUUUUUUAGAAGUGGACUGUACCUAUAACUACUUGGUC